AUGCGAGGCAGCGGCGGCGAAUGGAUGUCCGUCGAGGACCUCAUCGACAAGAUCAGCCAGAGGUCCCGAAAGGUAUGACCCCUUUUCUUCUUCUAUUCUUUUCUUUAGGAAUUUCUUAACGAUUAGACAGACUGUGAGUAUUGUAUAUAAAAUGUUUGUAUAUAAAAUCUGUUCCUAAAUCCAAAAAUUUCUUCUACCUACUGUACUCAGACUUUCCCCAAUUCCUCAAAAUUAGUCCGCCUAGUUCCCCAAUGCAAAGUUAUAGUAGCCAAACUGUGAAAAAAAAGAGUCGUUUCUCUUUUUGGUCGAGAUACCCUGAAAAUCGGUCAGAACACUUCCCAAUGUACCAGAGGAAGAUCGAAAGAGUCUCAAUUUGUCUUUGAUCUACAUAAAGUUUAGAAGUCUGAGAAACCUAUUUUUACGGGCUUUGAAGAAUUUUUUCGACUCUGAGCCCUUAUUUUUCAAAAACAAGAACGUUUUGCAGGUCGAGACUUACCUCACAGUCUGUCUAAUCGUUAAGAAAUUCCUAAAUUUAACUCCAAAGAAGUGACCUUUUGUGUGAGCCUUUUUUCAAGCAUCAUGCUUUCGAAAAAUAGUUUUCCUCCACCUCAAUCAUGCCAUGCUUUUUUGUACAAGAUCGUCGGUUAGGUCCAACAUCUGGUAACGACUCUCAUUACUUGUGAGGAGGGAUUCCUUCAAUGCGGCGAGAGUUCAAGGAGCCGCGAGAGAAACGAAAAAAAACCAGCAGCCUCACACGCUAACGUGAAAAAGAAGAAGCCGCCGAAGACGAAUCGAUCCAGAUGCGUCUUCGACGGCUCGAAAAUUUUCCGGUCGUGUCUUUUGGAUGUCAUCUCAAAUUCUUGAAUUUUUCAUGACUUCUUACUCAUUCAUUCAUUCUUGAAUUUGCAAGCUCUUCCUUCUUUGUUUCUCCGCAACAUUGUUUCUUCUAGGACCUGAAGAGGCUCUUUGUCAAAGUUCGAACCUCAAAAAAAGAAAAAAAAACGCGAAAAAAGCAAGUCUACAUUAAACUUCUCAGAAUUUUUUUUUACCACAAAAUGUAUCUUAUCGACUUAAAUUAAUAAAAUUAAUACUGUAUUUUAAGUUAUCAGAAGCUUGGGAAUUUCCUAUUGCAGCCAGAUCUAAUCCAAAAAAGUGAAAGUUAAUUUUUACAGUUCUUGAAUUUUUUCAGACUAUAUCCAAAAAUAAAGUUCUGAAGAAAAGAAGUUCAGAUGUCGACCCCGAACAACAACAUCACAACAUAUUCGGCUCGAAUGCGCGGUCGUUCCAAACAACCCAUCUACACCUCGGACAAACGCGCAAAAUUCACUCAAAAAGAGAACAAAAAGUGAGUUUUCGAAUAAAAACUUCUUAAUCCUCACAAAGUUAAGAUGGGUCCGCUUUGUCACGGUACUCGGUUACAUAAUUUCCGUUUCUCUGCCAGCGAUUUCUCUCAGUUUUUAUUACCUCUACGUCUGGGAUCCGAGCUACAUCGCAAAGGUAAUUGAGAUUUAUUUUUGAAAAUACGCUUCCAGUUAUUUAUUUUCUGCCAUUCUUCCGCUGUAACUUUUUUUAUACUGAAGAGAUAAUCCGUUUAAAGAUGAACGGUCGGCCAAGAAAAUAAUUCGACGGUAGUUCAAAACGUUGUUUCUGUACCAGAAGCUCAAAAAGUCAAAAAAUGCUGUUUCAAAAAAUUCAUUUUCCUUCUCUCCUAAAAUUUUGCAACCGAAAAAAACAUCCUGAAUCUUUUUCGUAUCUCAUGUAAAAAACUGGCUUUAGCUUAAAAAAUUAUCUCUAAAAUUUUAAUAUAAUGAAAAGUAACAGGCUCUCUUCAAAGAAACUUCAAAAGUAACAAUUAAAAAGUCUAAGUUUACUCAUACGUUUUCGAAUAAAUUUCACUUUUCCUACAGUUCCCGCCGGAAAACGUCAGCCGAACGAUGGCCAUUCACAAAACUCCGAUUUUGCCCACAAGAAAUCAUCGAGACGUCGAAACGACCCCGGCAGUUCAACCAUCAGCUCAGGCUGAGAAAAUCGAACUGGCCAAAAUUUUAAGAGAAGGUUUGUUUUUUUUUUUCUUGAUAAUCAAAGCGCUCUGACCACUGGAAUGGUUAGAAGCGUUGGGGUUCAGGUAAAGCUUGAAAACUUGUAUUUUACGUGUCGUCACGCAAAAGUCGUCUUUGGUCGGAUUAAAAUGUAAAGCUAACGCUUCGUAGUCGCAAAGAGUUCAGCCCCUCCCAGAGUGGCCAACAUUUCAAUUUCAAUAAUUUUACAUUUUUUUAAAAAUUAUUUCCAGGUCGAGCCUCGAUGGAAAAUUCGGGAGAAAACGGCUGA